CUUCCAUUUUUCUCUCUUUCUGAGAUUCGCGUUCUCCUUUCUCUUAUUCGAAUUUAUGCGCUACUUGUUUCAUUAAUUUCUUGAUCAAAGAUAUUCUCACAGAAAUCACAAGUGCAUUUCUCGCUCAUGUGUUGCUUAGUUGAUGUGUUUUUCUCUUCGAUCUCGCCUCAGCCGUGCAGGUAACCUAAUCAGAAGGAGGUGCUGUGAGGUUUUUGUUGUAUUUUAUUGAUGUAUUUUGUUGUUGCUAUGAGGUUUUUUUCAAUUUUCAUACAGUAUGGAUAACAUUAUAGUAAAGAGUACUACUACUUUGGGUUUUAUAUAUAUAAUAAUGCUUUUCCUGUCAUUGAAACAUGAAAAAGUAGCAGCAGGAGAUAACAAUUACAAUGAUCCAUACUUUCGUUUGAAUUUUGAAGAAAUUUGAUGGUGCAUGCAGUAGCUGGGAUUGAUAAACCCUAGGAUUGUGAUUUAAUUAGUGCACUUGUGGAAGCACUCUCUGCAUCAUACACCAUUAUCCUAGUAUUUUCAAAGCUAUAUCUCCUCACUAUAUUUUCCAUUUCUUUUGGAGAAAUGGAAAAGUUGGCUGGCUUUUACUUAGUGGUACUGUCUUCUGCAUUACAGAAAAUUGCCAUGGCCAAGGCUUCUAAGGCAUGUGCCUUUCUCAGGAGAUGUCCUUCACUAACACUGGGUUCCAUGUUGGAGGAGAUUGUUGCUAUUCUUCCUAGCCAUGAAUUUGCUUCUAUUUUGUUGUCAAACAUGGCUUAUGCAGAUGACGACGAAUCUCUUGUUGAAGAUGAGGUUUAAGGAACAAAUAGGAGAUGUUUUAGCUGCUCGCGCUACAUAUAUUCAGCAGACUGGUAAAGAGUCAGAUUCUGAUUUUGUGCAGAAUGUUAUAUCAAGAGCCAAUAUGGAGAAACGUUUGGGAAAUAUGGAAUCAGCUUGUGGUAUAUACAAAGAAGCAAUAGAGAUGGUUGUAGCUGAAGAGAAUUUACAGCAUGCCCUCCCUAAUUUAUAUGUCCAUUUCUCUCACCUAAAAUAUAUGGUUGAAAAGAAUUCUAAGAACCCUAUUCUGCUAUCUGGUUGUAAAGUUGCAGAUGGCAGUGGUGUUAUGCUCUAAUGGCUUCGGGAUCCGAUGAUGCUCUUAAGAGUGUUGGUUUAGUCUUAGCAGGACUUACCAACUGAAUCUGGAACUGUGAUCCCCUAUGUUCACUUGAUGAAACAAGCUCACAAGAUUUUGAGGACAGUUAUAUAGUCUUGUUAUUUGCAUAACUUAGUAUAGUUGAACAAUACAUUGAGUUUAUGUUUUGAAUUAUAGUUGAUGUAUCAACACACUUUGAUGUAUGGUUGUUACUUAUUAUUAUAGUUGAUGAUCAAUACAUUUUGUUUA